AUGGAGCCGUUCCGCCUGAUGCUGCAGCACGACAUCGGCGGAGUGCCCGUGGUGGCGCCGGGGACCAAUCGCAUCACAGCAAAUGUCAGUGCGAGGGACAUUCUGCAGCUGCUGACGUCACCACACCUUGCAGAGCAGCACCAUCUCAAGCCGCUCACAGUGGCGGAUCUGGUGCAUGACGCGCAGCGACCACAUCACGGCGCUGCUGACGUCAUCUGGCCAAUCAUGGUGCCGCCCGUGACGUGCCGCCCGUCCACGUCACUGCGCGAGGUGAUCCACGCGUUCCGGGUGGCACGCGUGCACCGCAUCUACGUCACCCGUGAAGAGGGGGAAGGGGAGAGUGGGAGCGGUGGGGAGCUGUUGGGAGUGGUGACACUGCGGGAUGCAAUCGGGCGGUUCCUGGUGAGGCAGGAGGAGGGGGGAGAGACAAGGGGAGAGAAGGUAGAGGAGCCGGCGCCGGCCAGCACUGAGGUUGGUUCGGAUGGUCUCAUCCUGUAG